AUGUGGCUAUUAACACUUGUGUUUGCCUUCACGGCGAGCAUCUCAGCUUGUGCUGGACCCGGCGAGUGUCCUCUUUUUAUCAAUAAUACUGCUACAACAGCAACAUCAACAACACCGUCAAUAUCAACAACAACAACAUCGACUGAAUGGCGAAACACCUCCGGGGUAUUCGAUCAGAUCGAGUGUUUGAACAGGCUAAUGGUACUAAGUCUGCCUAGCUGUGAGUGUCAGGGUGUGAUGAAAAACACUUCUAGUGGUGGUAUUGGUUCAACAACUGCUGCUGGCGCGAUAAUAGAGGUCGAAUGUUAUGAAGGUGUCCCGUUAAUUGAAACGUUACCACGUGAUAUACAGAAACUAGUGAUUUCUGGUGCGGACGAGUACCAAGUAACUAGUUUGCUUGAUGAAUUAGAGAAUUCAUCGUUAACGUGUUUAUACGAAGUAACCAUUACGAAUAGUUCAUUUCCUGUAAACAUAACAUGGGAAUUGAAUACGAGACUGACGACAUUAAAUAUUUCCGGCAAUAAUAUUGUCGAUCUGAGUGAUGUGAUUAUUGGGAAUAAAAGUGAGUUGAGAGUGCUAGACUUAUCGAGUAAUCGAUUGAGUGAAUUGCCGAGUGAAGCUUUUAGGACGCUUACUGGUCUAGUGCGUUUAAGUUUACGGGACAAUGAAAUAGAGAGAGUGGAUGAACGUGCUUUUGUCGGUCUCACAGCACUUGAGUAUCUCGAUAUAUCGGACAACAGAUUGGUAUUACUGCCAGACGACACGCUAACGCAUUUAGCUUCUUCUCUUCAAACACUAAAUUUGAGUGGUAAUCAAUUAAAGAUUUUGGGCGGUAGAUGGUUCGAAACGCUUGGACGGCUUCGUGAGCUUGAUGUAUCGCGAAAUGGUCUUACGAAAGCAGCAUCCGGGGUCCUUGAACCGCUCCCGGGUUUGUCGGUUCUGAGAUUGGCAGAAAAUCCAUUAAUGGAACGUGAUGUCUCACUGCUGCUUGGGACUGGACGUUUAGAGACUGUUGAUGCAUCACGCACUGGGUUAGUACGUGUACCAGCAGCACUAACCAGAUCAGUAAGAGCAUUACGUUUAGCCGGUAAUAAACUUACGUGUAUACGGGACGGUGAUUUUGAUGGAUAUCCAUUGCUUAAAAUGUUGGAUUUGUCCGACAAUUUAUUGUACGACAUUGAAGAAGACUCAUUGGGACGUUUAGAGACGCUGGAGAGGUUGGAUUUAUCGGGAAAUAAAUUGGAAAUAGUACCACGAAGUUUGCCAACAAGUUUGACGGUACUAAAUCUACGUGGUAAUGCUAUCAAAACAUUGACCAGCGAGGACCUCCAGGGUAUUGACAAUCUACAGUGUCUUUUUAUAAAUGACAACGAGAUUGUGACAAUAGAUGAGGGUGCACUCAGCCAGCUGUUAUUUCUCACCAAACUUGACAUAUCUAACAAUCCCAUCAGACAACUUCCGGCGAACACACUUGCUGGUCCAGCACGUUUGAGCGAGCUACGCAUGUCAGGUUUGACUUUUCUUGAGUGGGAGCAUGAGGAGCGCGGUGACAUGGCAUUUCCGGUUCCUACACCCGAGAUGCUUGUUACCCUCGACGUGUCCCACAGCCCGGCUCUCGCGGCUCAGCUUUUAACAGACAAUGCUGCAUUGUCUGCAUGCAAAAGUUUAAUGCUCCUGAAUCUCAUCAACACAAACAUCACCACACUCAGAUCAGAUCUUAUUUAUCUACUUCCACAAUUAAAUGUUCUCGGAUUAGCAGACAACGAUUGGAAUUGUACGGCGGACUUGCUCUGGCUCGGCGAGUGGAUACGACAACAUCGAGAGAUAACAAUCCUCGCAAGAUGUAGUAACUAUUCAGACGGUAAUUUUGCAAAUUUACUCCUUGCUGAAUUGCCACCUCCACCUACUACUACUACAAUAGCAUUGCCCAUAACCACAACUCCGGACACGACCAGUGAUACCUCAUAUCGAAGCUUCAGAAUUGAGAAAUACCCGGAACUAUUACCACUGCUAACAGUGCCAACAAAUGCGUCUUCCAUCGAGAGUAAUAUCAGUCAUACCGAAUCGGCUAUGGAAAAUACCACCGUACUUGAUGAAAUUCCGUCUACCAAACUUUACGAGGAUGCUAAUACUGAACAAGAAUUUAUUGAUAAUGAACGUGAAAAACCCAAAGAAAUUCUGGACAAUCGAGUGAAUUCUGUGGAACGAGAGGAUGAAAAAAUUUCAAAUCCAAAGAGUUACGAUAAAAGUAUAAAUAAAGAUGUGAUUGGUGGAAUUUUUAGUACCGAACAAACGAUAACAAAUACACUGGGUAAAAACUCGGUGAAGGAUGCUCAAAACUACGGAUUUUCUCACGAUAUUGCAAACACUAUUGCUGAAGAGCUGAAUAGUCGAACGGUGGAUCCUGAUGAAAAACCGAAAACUAAAUUGGUAACACAUCCUGGAAUGCUGGUGUUGAUUGGUGCAGUCAUUGGAGCGGCUGGCAUACUGACAGUUGUCCUCUCAAGACGAGCGACCAUACGACGCAGAGACAGGUAUCACAGACACGAAAACAUUGAAGUACAUACUCUUACGCCCACCAUGGAACUCUGGUGA